GACAACCAACGCGCUCAAGAUGGCGGCGCCGGCGGAGGCGGAGGUGGCCGCGGGCUUCACCGAAGCGGCUGAAGCGGCGGAACUGAGCCGUGCUCUAGGUCGCCUGCUGCCGGGGCUGGAGACCGAAAGUAAGCUGGGGAGGCGGCGCGCGCUGGAGGCUCUGGAGCACGCACUGGAAGAGACAGUGCGGCCCGGCGCGGAUUCCGCUGCUUUCCAGGGCCCCUGGGCUCGUCUGCUGCUGCCCCGCCUGCUGCGGCUUCUGACCGACCCGGCCGAGGGCUGCCGCGCACUGGCUGCUCACCUGCUGGACUUAGGCCUGCGCCGCGCCGCGCGGCCCCGCGACGCUCUGCCGCGCCUGUUGCCCGCGCUCACCGCGCGCCUGGCCCGACCCGAACCCACGCGGCCACCACCGGAGCCCUGCGAGGAGCUGCGCCUUGCCCUCGUGCAGCUGCUCCGCCUGGCUGUGGACUUGGGCGGCGCCGCGCUCGCUCCACACCUGGACGACGCCGUGCGCGCGCUGCGGGGCGCGCUGCUCGACCCCUUCGCCGCGGUGCGCCGCGAGAGUUGCGAGUGCGCAGCCGCCCUGGCGCGUGCCACUCCGGAACACUUCCACAUGCAGUCGGAGUCCCUGAUAGGCCCCCUGAUGCAGACCAUCUCCCACCAGCACUGGAAGGUCCGGGUGGCCGUCAUCGAAGCCACGGGCACUGUGAUCCAGUUUGGCAGUGGGAAUUCUGUGGAUGAUGUUCUUUCCCACUUUGCUCAGAGACUCUUCGAUAAUGUCCCUCAGGUCCGGCAGGCCGUGGCCUCGGUGGUGGGGGGAUGGCUGCUCAGUCUUCGUGACCGCUACUCUUUCUUCCACAAACUCAUCCCACUGCUACUCAGCAGCUUCAGUGACGAGAUGCCUGAGGUCCGGCAGACAGCCACCAGCCUCUGGGAGAAGGUCGGGCUGCAGUGGCAGGAGGAGAAUGAGGCAGAUCUAAAGGACAAACUAGACUUUGCUUCGCCUCCUCCUCCCCACUACCCUGAGCACGAGAGCCGUCCUGGCCUGGGCUGCCGAGAGCUGGUCUUCAGAAACCUCUCCAAGGUCCUUCCUGCCGUCUGUCAUGAUAUCACCGACUGGGUGGUAGGCACACGGGUGAAGGCAGCACAGCUGCUGCCAGUGCUGCUGCUGCACGCAGAGGACCACAUCACGCAGCACCUGGAGAUAAUCCUCAGAACCCUGCAGCAGGCAUGCGCUGAUGAGGAGAAGGCUGUGCUCAGCAGUUGUGUAAGAGCUGCAGAGCUCAUUGGCACCUUCGUCAACCCAGAAGUAUUUCUGAAACUGAUCUUAGCCAUGCUGAAGAAGGCACCCUCCGCCCCUGGCCUCUUGAUCCUCGCUUCUGUCAUCCAGGGCUGCCCCCGAAACACCCUCCAGCCACACCUCAAGGUCAUAGCCACAGAGCUGGCCCAGGAGCACAUCUGUCAGGGGUCUGAGAAUAAUCUCUACCUGGAGCAUCUGCUGCUGUGUGUGCAGGCUCUGUUGUCUGUGUGUCAGGAAGACUGUCGUGCCGCCAGCCUGCAGCUCUUGGAGGUGCUGGUGACAAUAAUGGCAGUCUCAAGUGCCAUAGGCCUUGGGAAGAAGGCCCAGAAGACCAUGGACACGCUGGCUGAGGUGGAGGACAUCCCCAGCAGUCAGGACCUCUACCGCAAGCACGUGGGUGCACUCCUGGAACGGCUGACGGCCUCACAUGGCGAGUGGACAGUGCACUCUGUGCAGUUGCUGAAGUUUACUGUGGUCCUCACCCAGGCAGGCCCAGCUGUGGGAGAAGCACUGCAGCAUGUGAUCCCCACCCUCAGGGCCUGUCUCCAGCCCACCACAGACCCGCACAUGCGCCUGAAACUCUUCUCCAUCCUGUCCACGAUGCUGCUGAGGCCUACAGACACUGUCGACUCUCAGGGACAGUUCCAUGGCUACUUGGAGAUGGUAGUGAGUGACAUCCUAGCCCCCAACUUGCAGUGGCAUGCAGGGAGGACAGCUGCAGCCAUCCGCACGGCCGCCAUAUCCUGUCUGUGGGCACUCACCAGCAGUGACAUCCUGUCGGCCAAACAGGUACAAGAGGCACAGGAGACCCUGAUGCCACGAGUGCUGGCCACACUGGAGGAUGACUCCCAGACCACACGCCUGGUCUCCUGCCACAUCAUCAGCAUAUUCCUCAAGAGCUCAGCUGGUACCGUAGAGCCAGAGAAGUUCCUCAAGGUCUAUCCUGAGCUCUUGAAGCGCCUAGAUGACGUCUCCAAUGAAGUGAGGAUGGCAGCUGCUUCCGCCUUGCUCACCUGGCUGAAGUGCAUACAGAGCUUCGAUGGGAAAUCUGCCUAUCAGAGCAGCGUCCAGUUCCUGUACAGGGAGCUAUUGGUCCACCUGGAUGACCCUGAAAGCGCUAUCCAGGACACCGUCCUAGAAGUCCUCAAGGAGGGCAGCGUCCUGUUCCCAGAUGUGCUGGUGCGAGAGACCGAGGCUGUCGUCCACAAACACCGCUCAGCUGCCUACUGUGAGCAGCUGCUGCAGCACAUGCAGACCAUGGCUGCUGCUCGGUGACAUGUGCAUCGACCACUGAAGGGCACCGGCUCUUGGAAGGGCAACACCGGUGGCCU